ACGGUAUCUGUUGUAUUACUAAACGCCAAAGGUUUUGUCUAUAGCAACAUAUGAAGUGUAUUUAACGGUUCUGUUUAACCGGAGUUCAUCACUUUACCGCUAACCGUCGCGGCCAUGUCUUUCUGCGACGACACGCUGCUCUGCAACUUCCCGAAGUGCCGGACCAAGCUGAGCGGCUUCGCCUGGGUCACGGCCUGCUCGCACGUCUUCUGCGACCAGCACGGGUCCGGUGAGUUCAGCCGCUCCCCGGCCAUCUGCCCCGCCUGCUCCUCCGCGCUGUCCGGCAAGCUGGACAUUGUGAGGACGGAGCUGUCUCCCUCGGAGGAGUACAAAGCCAUGAUUCUGGCGGGUCUGCGACCGGACGUGGUCCUGGACAUCAGUGCCCGUGCGCUGGCCUUCUGGAGCUAUCAGGUCCACCAGGAGCAUAUGUAUCAAGAGUACAGCCUGUCACGGGCCGAGGCACAGCUGAAGCAGAUGGAGAAGGUGCUGACCCAGCAGAACCAGAGCAGAGAAGUGGAGCUCACCGGCAUGAAGGGGGAGAUCGCAUCCCUGAAGAAAGUGAUGGAGGAGUAUAAAAGGAAGUACAGCGAGGUGUCCGAGAAGCUGAUGGAGAGAAACCGGCAGUACCAGAAGCUGCAGGCGCUGUACGACUCUCUGAGGCUGCGCAACAUGGUGGUGGAUGUGGGGGAGAGAGACUCGCUGCAUCAGGCGACACAUCACAGCUUCAUCACUGCCUGUCACCCGGGGGUUCCUCGCCAGGAAACUCCCCACGGAAGCCCCCCGUUCCUUUCAGCGGGCCACGAUGGGGAAAGCCGGUUCUUCUCCUGCGUGGAGCCCGACGGAGCCAAGAACUUCUUCCAGUUCAGCUCCCCAGCCAGGGAGCGAGGCCGGUCCUUCAUGAAGAAGCACUGAGACGGCAACAGGUGCCCUGAUGACUGUGGAAACGUUUUAUUACUUUUAUUUGUUAACAAGUGUUCAAACGUUUGAGGAGUAACUUAGUGCUCCCGAGUGCAUUUUUAUAGUAUUUAUUGUCAUUUAGAACCAAAGCAGACAUGGGAGCUAAUGUUUAUUUUUCAAGUCCAGGUCUCUGCUUUACAUUUGUUUUAAGAAGUACUUCAACUCUGUAUACAAAGUGCCUUACAGUGUUCUCUAUGUGUUUAUGUAAGUAGUACAUUAAAAUCUUAACCUGGUUCUAGUCAAAUGAAUGUAAUACGGAGGAUUCCAGUAUUUCCAUGUGAGAUCACCAUCUUACGGGAGGAUUGGGGUAAAGGGGACAAUCGUAAAAAAAACAAUCAUGCAUUUAACUGAACAAUUCAAACGGUUGGUUAUUGAUAGAAGGAAAAUGAAGACUCAUUGAGGUCUAGACCUUUUGUGGAAUGAAAGGAUUCUCACUGCACAACAAACAAAGCAGGCGGCUCACUGGUUAAGGCAGACUGCAGGAAUGGGAGUCUUUUAUGCAGCUUUGUUAAAAACUAUGUGACUCACAAUGACAUCUCUGCUCAAUGCGGUAUACAUGAGCUUUUUUGGGGGGGAAGAGACCCCCACUGAUCACUGAUUGAAAACUGCUGUCAUAAGACACCAAACAAAUAAUGGGUUUAAGAUAAGAGGGGUUUUGGCUCAGGGUGAACUUUAAUCACAAUCCGGCCAGAAAAUCAGCGCAUUCAACAGAAUAUUAAAAAAAGUAAUAUUUAUAAAUAUAAAACAAAAUGUCCACCUAAAGACAAGUUACAGGGUAACUUCUAUUUACAAAAAAAA